AUGGAUCUUAUGGAUGCUAUACGUAAUCUACAGCAAAGCACUACCACUGCUUAUCCGAUAGGUAUGGGAAUGGGACCUCCUGCCGGGUACGGAAUGGGACAGUUUCAGUUUGGAGGAGGCAUGGGUGGAGGGGGCAUGGGCGGAUUUCCCGGUGGCCCCCAGCCCCCACCAUCUCAGGAUAUUUUCAGUUUACCAGCUGAUCCCCUACUUGACAGCAAUUUCUCUCAGCCACUCCUACCCACUAAUACCGGAGGGGCUGGACCCCCAGGGGGUGGUCAACCCCCUCAGCGGGCCGGGGGCAAAGUUGAUGCAUUCUCUGAUCUGGUCUCAAUAGCUCGUGACAAAACAACAUCAAAACCAGAACUGGCCCCUCCCACAAUAUUCCAAGCUCCUCCCACUAAUACAGAAACUCCACCCCCUUUACCAUAUCGUCCACCUGAUUUAGACUUCACUGAUGCUCCGCCCACUACUUCUGGCCCCGCCCCUUCUGGGUUUGACGAUACUUUUGGUGCAUUGCCCCCUGCCCCCGGGACAGGGGGUGGGUUUGGAGGUGGUAUGGAUAUGUUUGGUGAUAGCUUUACUAGCGGAGGGGGCGGAGCUGCCCCCUCCCUCUUCUGGAGCUAA